GGUUAGCUUUCGGGUGAGAAAUUGUGCGACAGAAUGGAUUUCGAGCAGGUGCUGGAUACGUGUGGCAGCUUCGGUCGCUAUCAGAUAUUACUGCUGAUCCUAUAUGGCUACACAAAUAUAUUGUCAUCAUUCCAUUAUUUUGCACAAACCAUCAUCAGUUUUACGCCGGAGCACAGUUGCGUCCAACCCGAAUUAGCAUCAAAUGGGCUUCAAAUCUUCCACAACAACACGCGCUCAAGAUGCAGCUUCAUCGAGCUCAAUGAGAAUACUGGGGAGAUUAAUAAGGAGGCGAGAUGCCAGGCCUGGAAAUACGAACGAGAGAGCGGUUAUGAGAGCGUAACAACUGAGCUGAAUUGGGUGUGUGACGAUGCUUACAAGCUGGCCGUGGGUCAAUCCUUCUUCUUUGUGGGCUCUGUCGUCGGUACUAUAUUCUUUGGUUAUCUGGCCGAUAGAAUUGGACGUUUGCCUGCUUGUGUGUUGACCACCUUAACGGGAGCUACUGGCGAUUUUAUAACCUCAUUCGUGAGCAAUUUGCCGCUCUUUUCAAUGGGCCGCUUCAUAUCUGGUUUAUCCACAGAUACGGUCUAUUAUUUAAUGUUCAUAUUGGUUUUUGAGUAUCUCAGCCCGAAACGUCGCACCUUUGGCCUUAAUAUCGUGGUAGCCGUCUUCUACUGCAUGGCGCUCAUUGCUUCUCCCUGGUUGGCCAUAUGGGUUGGCACUUGGCGCCAUUAUCUCUGGGUGGCCUCACUGCCCGCGCUAGGAGUGCUCUGCUAUCCAUGUCUGCUCUUCGAGAGCGCCGAGUGGCUGUUGACCAAGCAAAGAUACGACAAAGCUGCAAAUUGUCUGCGACGCAUCGCCAAGAUCAAUGGAAGACAGGUUGACGAGUCGGUGUUUGAGGAGUUUAAGGAGUUUUAUCGAAACAAAACGAUGGAGCAGUCCAAAUUCAAUACUCAAAUGGACACUUUUAUGGACAUGUUCAGAACUCCACGCAUGCGCAAGUUUACAAUAAUACUGCUCAUCAAAUCCAUGAUCAUCACCGUUGCCUUUGACAUUGUCAGUCGAAACAUGGAGGGCGUUGGCACUUCUCCCUUCAAACUCUUCUCCUACACAAGCAUUACCUAUUUGCCUGCCGGCCUCACAAUAAUAUUCUUUCAAAACUUCAUUGGUCGCAAGGGCAUGGCCUUCGCCUCUCUGCUUAUAGGUGGCAUCAUUACUGCCGCCACAGGCUAUUUGGUGGCCACCUUGGAUCCGACGCAGCAUGCCGUACUCUUGGCCUUCAUGGUGGGUCUGGGGCGCUUCGGGGCCGUGGUAGCUUAUGAUGCCGAGGCCCAGUAUGCUGCCGAAAUCAUACCGACAAGUGUGCGUGGACGUGGCGUGGCCAACAUACAUGUUGUGGGAUAUGGAUUUGGUUUCUUCAGCUCGUACAUUAUUUAUUUGGGCACCUUUUAUAAGCCCCUUCCAGCGCUCUUCAUCAGUGUGCUGAUGCUUAUUGGGGCGGCCCUGUGCCUGGCACUUCCCGAAACUCUAAACAAAAAGCUGCCGCAGACUGUAGCGGAGGGCGAAACCUUCGGCAUUGGGGAGAAAUGGUUCUACUUCCCCUGCUUCGAAAGGAAACGACGGAAGAAGGAAGCGCAAUUCCCAACAGCUGCUGUGUCUACCAUUGUUAUCUCGAGUGCCAGCAAACCUUAAGCUAAAUAAAUACAACUAUUUAUCAAUGAUAAAUAUUUACCUUGUUUACAAUCUCUCACAAGUUGUUGUAUAAUAUUGUAGACAGUAGUUUAGAUGAAGCUGUUUUAUUAGUAACCAAUUCAUUAAUAAAUGUUUAUUAAUGUUUGAAACAA